AUGGCUCCCACCAUCCUCAUCGCCGGCGCAACCGGCAACACCGGCCGAAGCGUGGUGGAAACACUGCCAAAACUGCUAGAAUCCAGCAGUACUUUAUCUGACCACCGGGUCAUUGCUCUUACCCGUUCUCUAGAUGGUCCAGUAGCGCGCGAAUUCACCAAAUUGCCCGGAGUGGAGGUGAUCGAGCAAAACUGGGUUGAAAUCACCGCCGACUGGCUGCGCGAGCACAACGUCACCAGAGCAUUCAUCGCACCACACCACAAACCGAACCAGUUCGCAGAAGAAUCCACAUUCCACCAUGCCGCCCUCAAAGCUGGCGUCAAGUACGUUAUACGCAUCUCGACCACCGCCGCGAACGUCCGUCCGGACUGUAAUGCCUACUAUCCCCGUUCCCACUGGGCCAUCGAGGCUCUUCUAGACUCACCGGAAUUCAGCGCCUUGCAGUGGACCUCCCUUCAGCCGAACGUCUUUUCCCAACUCUGGCUCUAUUCCGCGGCCGAGAUGAUCAAAAACUUCCGCAAGACCAGAAAGCAGAGCACCUUGAGGUUGUUGGCCACCGAAGAUGCGCCCAUUGGCAUCAUUGAUCCCGCGGAAGUCGGUAUCUUUGCGGCUCAUCUCCUAGCUCAGGAUGAUACUGUUGCACACAACAAGGCCCGAUAUGUGCUGAAUGGACCGAAAGAUCUCACCGGGGCUCAAAUUGUGGACUUGGUUGAGCAGCACAUCGGAACACGGGUCGAGGAUGUUAGCUUCAAGGACAUAUCGCUAAUCCAGUCGCACGUGGACCUCCGGCUCGCGGGAACCAAUGAGUCUAGGAACGUUGUGUCCUCUAUCAAAAAUGCUUUGGAGACGUGCUGGGAGGGAAAGUGCUCCGUUUCUACUACUAGUGAGGAAGUACUGGCGCUCGCUGCGCCCAAGCGUACUCCUGCUGAGGCGUUGGAGGAUAUGUUGAAGGAGUAA